UUAUAUUGCAUCUUUCUUCAAAACCAUCCGGCAAGUGAAAAUAACCGGGCCCGGCGGAGAUUUGUGCGGAUUUCACGCAGCCGGGCUUUUCUCUCUUGGCCGCGGAGUGGGCGGUGCGUGCACCCAUGCCGAUCACCGAUGCUUCAUCGAACAUUCUAGUACCUUCCAUUCGAGACCCUUGGCCCCCAGUCCUCUUCCCCUGCGAGCGCUGAGAUCAACCGAGUCGUCGGCUUCGGCAUCGGCGUCCCAAACGGAGAGUCGAACGGCGAUGUCAGAGAGAAUGAGGUGUAUAUCGUGCCGGGAGGAGUACGGCCCGCGCGAUGCUGGCACCUGCAAGGAGUGUUAUGAGGAGGCCAGCGAGACGGAGGAGGAGCUCAAGCGCGAGAUCGAAGACCUCAAGGCCAAAGUCGACUUUCUCAGGUUCUGGCCUCCUCUUGUUCACUUCGCAUCUUUCCCCGACAUCAUUUUGGUUGCGUCGGAUCACGACUCCCUCUCCGUCCCCGCUCACAAGGCUGUUUUGGUAAGCCGUUCCCCAGUUUUCAAUGCAAUGCUUGUAAAUGAAAUGGAGGAAAGCCUGAGUGGUAGAAUCAAGAUUAGCGAUGUUUCAUACGAGGCCCUUCAAAUGUUCGUCGACUUCUUAUACACGGCUGAUGUCUACCUGGAUGAGCAAAUGGCAUGUGAUCUCAUUGUAUUGGCAGAGAAAUAUCAAGUGAAGCACCUCAAAGACUAUUGUGAGAAUUUCAUGGUAUUGAAAUUAAACUGGGAUAAUUCAGUAAUGAGCUUUGCAUUUGCACACCAGCACAAUGCCAAGCACCUGCUUGAUGCUGCUUUGUCAUUGAUUAUGGAAAACAUGGAGAAGCUAACCAAGCGGGAAGAGUAUACAGAGCUCGUGGAAAGGGAUCCCCGGCUGCUUGUUGAAAUCUAUGAAGCUUAUCUCUCCAAGUUAAUGCUGCUGCCCCAUAAUUCUUCCCUGAAUCCAUAAUCGGCAAGUUUAAUUUCUCCUUUGUUUUUUGGUUAUGUUGAUAAACUCUGGAUGUAAAUAAAGUCUAUUAGUUUUUAUUUUUGUUUUUUAUAUUUUUUUGGCAUUUCUGAAAACGGCCCUCUCUCUCUCUCUCUGAGCGUGCUCCAGAAGAUAGAAAAAGAGUAGAGCCUGGUUUUUGUCAAGUACUUUGGCUGUUUUUGGUUCAUACCUAUUUUCAGUUGAUAUAAACUGGACCUGACUAGGAAUUAAACCA